UGAGCCCGGAGACAGCACAGACCGUGGCGGGGGGGACCGGGGAGCGGAGGACACCGACACCGACAGUCGGCCGCGGCGCUCGGAUGGUGUUGUUGUCGCUCCGGACGCGGAGACGAUGCGGCCCCACUGCUGGCUGAUGGUCGUUCUGGCGGGGAUCAUGUCGUACUUGAGCCCGGAGAGAGCCCUCGGAGCGCCGCAGAGGGAAGUUACUCAGACCCGGGCUGCAUCCCUCUCUCCUCCACCUUACGUUGUCAUCCUCAUCUCUUGCUCGGGGCUCGUCUCUUUUGUUCUGCUGCUCCUCACCUGCCUGUGCUGUAAGAGAGGAGGAGUGGGGUUCAAUGAGUUUGACAAUGCGGACGGGGAGGAAUGUUCUGGCGGCUCCAGUCCCAUCCAGGAGGACAGCCUGUCAUCGUGUCCCUCGCUCCCUGAGGUUUACACCCUGCCAGUGAGAGACCGGCCCAACUGCAACGCCCUGCAGGAUGGAGCAGACUCCAAAUCUCAGUGUUUCAAGAGACACACAUUAAACUAUCUCCAGGAGAUUGGAAAUGGUUGGUUUGGAAAGGUGAUCCUGGCCGAAGUGCUGUGUGACUGCAGCUCCUCGCAGGCCGUGGUGAAGGAGCUGCGUGUCAGCGCCAGUCCUCUGGAGCAGAGGAAGUUCCUGGCUGAGUCGGAGCCGUACAGGAGCCUCAAGCACCCCAACAUCCUGCAGUGUUUGGGACAAUGCAGUGAGAGCAUCCCUUUCCUCCUUGUUAUGGAGUUCUGUCAGCUGGGUGAUCUGAAAAGGUAUCUGCGAGCGCAGCGCAAGUCAGACGGGAUGACUCCAGACCUUCCCACCCGAGACCUCCUGACUCUUCAGAGGAUGGCUUUUGAGAUUACCUCAGGUCUGCUGCAUCUUCACGAAAACAACUACAUCCACAGUGAUCUGGCUUUAAGAAACUGCCUGCUGACCUCUGACCUCACUGUUAGGAUAGGUGAUUACGGCCUUUCACACAACCAUUACAAGGAGGACUAUUACUUAACUCCAGACAAACUGUGGAUCCCGUUACGCUGGAUUGCUCCCGAGCUGCUGGAAGAGUACAGAGGAUCGCUCAUCGUUACAGAUCAAACCAAGACCAGCAAUGUCUGGUCCUUGGGAGUUGUGAUAUGGGAGCUGUUUGAAUUUGGCUCUCAGCCCCACCGACACCUGAGCGAUGAAGAGGUGCUGACUUUCGUCAUAAGGGAAAGACAGAUCACGCUGGCCCAGCCCAGACUCAAACUCUCCCAUGCAGACUACUGGUAUGAGAUCAUGCAGUCCUGCUGGUUACCUCCAUCACAGCGCCCUUCUGUAGCAGAGAUAUUCCUCCUCCUCUCCUCCCUCCUGGCUGCCGAGCAGGGAAUGGCACGAGGGAGUGUCGGUGAAGAGGACGAAGAGGAUGAGGAGUAUGAGGAGGGCAGAGGAAGGAGAGGGGAGAGUGAGGAGUCAUUUGAAAGACGCUGGGACUUGCUCCGUCCACCUGCUUUUCAGACUGCAGCAAAUGAGCGGCAAAGAGAGAGAGAGUAUGGCAGGGACGACAGAGACAACUCCUACCCCCUGCUGGACCCUGUGGGGAACUGUAUCACCCCGUCCUCAUCUGAACUGGACGACAUCCUGACCGUCACUGAAACUAGCAAAGGUUUGAACUUUGAGUAUUUUUGGGAGAAGGCCCACGCCAGACGGGGCUACAAGCCUCUACCUCCUCCCCAACCGAUCCCAACUGUGAACAAUAACCACAGACAGUCUUUGGACACUCCUACUGUGGUCCCGGUGAUAAGCGCUCGCAGUCCCUCCCUUGCCAGCGAGUACUACAUCAGACUGGAGGAGCACACGCCUCAAGACAAGUCACCAGCCCUGAAAGGGAGGGCACAGUCCUCUUACCGUUCAGAUUCAACUUGCCCCGGAGACAUGGAGCUGGUGGAGAUCCGUAGUGGAAUGUUGGGAAAGGAACGAGUUCCUUAUUGUUCUUCUGACAAGUGUGGAAAGGGUCUCCAGACAGUCCGAUCGAGCGAGGUUCAACUCCAGGUGCCCAACACCGGCGUGGCUGAAUUCAGAGACACCUCGAGCCGAGUGACUGACUUCUCUGUAGUUGAUUUAGGUGAUGAUGAUGAACUGGAUAAGAAAAAGAGCAGCGAAGCAGACAAAAAGUUGUCCACAAACUCGCAAGUUCCAGUUCUGCCCCCCAAACCUCGCUCCAUGUCCAUGUCAUCAGCCAACCACCUCCACUCACGCCCCCUACCUGCCCCGCCACUGGGAUACAGAGGCCUACCCCACUAUACAUACAGUGGGAAAAUUGAGACAGACCCACAUCACAUGAGCGCCUGUGGACCUUCGACCACCUUUGACCACCUUGGGCUGCACCGGUCCCGACAGACUCUUCCCCCGUCGCCAUCCCUCUCCCCCUCUCUUCCCCCGUCAAGCCAUCCGAUUUACCCUCAACCUCCCCAAAUGUGCCCGCCGCCUCUCCCUCCCCACUCCAAAACUCAGAGGAGUUGCACCAGCUACAACACAGCUGACUCUUACUUGAACUACAGUAAGCUGCACAUGCAGAGAACAAACAGAGACCCGCUAUCCUGUGACUUGUCCGACAGAGAGAGUGACGCCAGGCAUGCAGCAUCACUGCACACUUCCAAGGACUCUUCUCAUCCACGCGUGAAAGACUUUGACUCUCCAAUUCGACGAGAGAACCCUUUGCGCCCUAUUUAUCGAAACCUACCCCGCCCCCAGCCCACAGACCCCCAGAUGGACAGGCAGUCGUCAUCGAGUCCCACCUAUUCCGAUGAGGAUGACUCUCCUUUCAUGUCUCCAGAGAGACCUGGCAGUGGGACUACUGUUCAUCACUCCAGCCUGUCUGAGGACGCAGAUCCGGUCGCUGGUGAGCUUUUCUCCAGAGGAAUGAAAAGGACUCAGUCACGCCUUGACACUAUCCUGCCUGCUAUUUGGAAAGAAGAUGCUGAGCUGCAGGCAGAACGUGUGGCCGCAGCCAAGAAAUCCCCUAUGCAUUUGUUUCUGACGGAAAUAUCAAGCAUAGCAGAGUCCGGGGAGUCCAAGUCAGAGACUUCAUGGGAGAAGGAGAAGGAGGAGAAAAUUGAUGGUGAAAGGUGGGGAAACUUUGUGUUGCCCAACAGGGGCAUGCGCCGCUCCCAGUCUCUGAUCACAGAGCUGGGCUCAGGAGGACGGUCAUGGGAACAAGAGAAACACAUAAACAGAACACAUGCAGAGGAUGACAACACAGUUUCUAAAGAUUCAUUCCAGGGGGACCUUUUUCUGACUGAGAUUGACACGGGAAGAGACACGGAUAUGGAGGAAGUAUCAGAUAAUGAUACAGUUAAAUACCUUUAUCCAGCUGGAUCUAGACUGCGGCCCUAUGUCUGUGCUCCUGGUCUUCCCUCGUACACAGAGGCCGAGGAGGCUUACUCAAAAGGUAUACGGCGAUCACGCUCUCUCCUGUCCGAGAUCACAAUCGACAAGCAAGAGUCUGAAAUGCAUUCAACAGAAAAGGAGCCACGGAAAACUGAAAUGACCAGGGAGGAGUUCCUGAAAGAGAUUCAGUCAGCAGAGACAUUUCUAACUGAGAUCAUAUCAAGACAAAAUACUGCCGCCAAUAAAAAGGACACAGAUUCAUCUUACUCCCCUACUCCACUGUCCCCAGAAUAUGAGUCCAUAUGCAUUGAUCCAACCUCUGCUCAGACUAUCAGAUUUCAGUCAGAGAGUUCCAUACGAGCAACAAACAAAGGUAAAGACGAUACGCAGACCGAAGCCAUCUAUGCCCAAGUCACAAAGCGAGCUAAGAAGAGUGAGAUAAAGGUUUCCAUGAGACCAGAGAUCCCGGUUCUUCACAUUGGAUCACAACCACUUAAACUGGAUAGCCAAGGAAAGAAUGCUGACCACUGCCAGUCUGGCGACUUUGUGUUUUCAGAAAUCAUGCCCAAAAAUGGUUUAUUGCACAACCAAACACCCACAUGUCACGAGGAGGAGGAUUGCUCGGAAGGUCCUGCUUUACCUGCCAGAGGAGAGCAAACGGAUCUGUUAGAGUCCUCUUCAACUGAAUCCAGUGAGAGCGCGAAAGAUUCCAACACUGUGAUCCUGCAUGAGAGCAAAGCCCUCAUUACAAAUGAAAGUGAAAAGACUGUGGUUAUUGGGAAUGGCGAGAUAAUGAAAGAUGAGCUACAAGCUCGUAGCCCCGAGAGGGGAGAUCAAACACAUUCAAAAGCCGAUACUGCUUCACAUGACCCUGAGAAAACAGCUGAUUUGGAAAGCUCUAAAAAUGAAGGUUCUCAUGGUAAUGAAAGCUUUGCAGACACAAAAAGGCAGAAUUCAUUCCAGCAUAAUGACUAUGAUCAAGAAAAACAUUGUCAUGUUGCCCAAAAGGGACCCACUCAAGCAGCCACUCCAACCACACCAGAUUGUGACCCUUCUUCGGAUGUCUCACUCGUCACCCCCACAGACUCAGUCCUGUCGCCUAUGACUUCCAGCUCAGCCGACUGCCUCACACCUAGUGACUCAUGGACAGGAGGAGGAGGGAACAGCGGGUGGCGGGCGCUUGGAAAUGAAACGCCACAUCGAGAUUCUGCCUAUUUCUCAGACAGCGACUGGGAGGGUGACGGGAUGAACCGCAGAAGCAGUGAUGGGCUUAUUGCCUCAAGGCCGAGCAGCAGCCGAGGAGGCGACCGGGGAGUACUGACGGGCAUAGAGGAGAAAACCGAGGAGGAAGGAGAAACGGCAGAAAAGAGCCCAUUACGAAACUGUAUACACCCGUCAUCAAAUCAGACAAAACCUGUAAAAUUGAAAACUACAGAGAUCUGCGAGGAAAAAGAUUUACUACAUGAGAAAGCUCCUGAAAAUAAUGUGUCUCACUUCGGUAAUGAAAAAGAUAUGUUCAACAAAGGGCUGAGGUCUGUACAAAGAGACGAUUCUGGCAUUUUCUACAGUGAUAGCAAAAACUCAGAUUCCCAGGCUAAAGACUGUGUUGAACUGAUUGAUAAACUGUUUUCAAAAUUAGAUGAUAAACCAAUGAAAGGGCUCUCCCACAGCGGUGGGUAUGUGAUAGACAGUCACUACACAGAUGGCAUUGUCUCUCAAAUAGCAAAUUGCAAAUAUCAAGACUCUCCGGAGAGCAAGCUGAAUCUGGACUCCAACAGCUGUACUGAGACAAAUAGUUUGAUCAAAUCUCCAGGUGUCAGCCAGACCAAAGAUUCCAUGUUGAAACCAGGCAGUAAAGAUAUCACAAGUACGGCAGCGAAGACGGGAGCUUCAGGACGGAGACAGAGGAGCAACACGCCGCUGCAGAACUGA